AUGGCUGGGCAUUUCCAGGCACCGUCCAAGGACAAUGCCCAUGGCAUUCCACACUUCAUGGGACUGACGGGCAAAACCCUUCAACUAGUGAUCUCCGUCGUUGCGACCAACGGAUUCCUGCUUUUCGGAUACGACCAGGGUGUCAUGUCUGGUAUCAUUUCCGCACCGCAGUUCAACGCGGCGUUCCCUGAGACAAAGGAUGACUCUACAUGGCAAGGCUUUGUGACUGCAAUCUACGAGAUUGGCUGUCUGGUCGGCGCACUCUUCCAGCUGGCAUACGGUGACAGGAUUGGUCGCAGGCGAGCCAUCAUUGCCGGUGGUAUCAUUAUGAUCAUUGGUGUGAUAAUCCAGAUCACGGCGAUUCCAGCUACUUCGGUAUAUGGUGGUGCCACUGCCCAGUUCAUCAUCGGACGAACGAUUACUGGUAUUGGCAACGGUAUCAACACAUCUACUAUUCCAACAUAUCAAGCAGAGUGCUCGCACAGCGCUAACCGCGGUCUGCUCAUCUGCAUUGAAGGCGGUACCGUCGCCAUCGGAACGGUGAUCGCAUACUGGAUUGACUUCGGCUGUUCGUACGGCCCCGACGACCUGACCUGGCGCUUUCCUAUCGCUUUCCAAAUCGUCUUUGGCCUCUUCCUCUCCGUAUUCAUGGUCUGGUUGCCAGAAUCGCCGAGGUGGCUGCUUACGAGAGACCGCCACGAGGAAGCAGAGACCGUCAUUGCAGCACUACGUGCUCUUCACCGCGAGGAUGACGAGGUCAAGCUUCAGCUUGGCCUCAUCAACGAUAGCAUCCGCGCUUCGGGCCAUAUCGGGGGCAACACGCCGUACAGCGCCCUCUUCACCGGCGGCAAGACUCAACAUUUCCGACGCAUGAUGCUUGGUGCUUCAUCGCAAUUGUUCCAACAAGUCGGCGGCUGCAAUGCAGUCAUCUACUACUUACCGAUUUUGUUUGAAGACAGUGUCGGCCAGAGCCGUACUAUGUCCCUUAUUCUCUCCGGUGUCAAUAUGAUAGUGUACGCCAUCUUCGCCACAACGUCAUGGUUCGUUAUCGAACGCGUCGGACGCCGAAAGCUCUUCCUGAUCGGCACCGUCGGUCAAUGUCUCUCCAUGGUGCUGGCCUUCGCCUGCUUGAUCCCUGGCACACCUUCAGCUGCGAACGGCGCCGUGGUCGGCUUCUUCCUUUUCAUCGCAUUCUUUGGAGCGACCUGGCUACCGCUACCUUGGCUAUAUCCCGCUGAGGUCAAUCCGAUCAAGACCAGAGCGAAGGCGAACGCUGUGAGCACGUCAACAAACUGGCUCUUCAACUUCGUCAUCGUCAUGAUAACUCCAGUCAUGAUCUCAAACCUCGGCACCUCAGGAUUCGGGACAUACGUUUUCUUCGCGGCUAUCAACGCCUGCUUCUUCCCAAUCAUCUACUUCUUCUACAUCGAGACGGCCAAUCGCUCACUGGAAGAGGUCGAUCUGAUCUUCGCAAAGGGAUUCAUGGAGAAUAUGAGCUACGUCCAGGCUAGCAAGGAGCUACCAUUCCUGAGCGAUGAGGAGAUUGAUUCGAAAGCGAGAGAGUAUGGUUUCAACGCCAGUGAUGAUGAGGCUGGCCUUGAGAAGAAGGAAUUCGAUGAGAAGGAGAAGGAGACUGGUCACCGAUAUUCUGGCAGCGAGACUGUCUAG